GGGUUAAAGGUAGCCAAGGGCUGGUUCUUGCCACGUGGGACGUUUUUCCUUCUCUUUUUCUUUCAUCCUAUAUCCUUUCUUAUAUUCAACAACGCUGCGGGCCGUGGUGGAUGUUUGGCUGCCUUCGCAAGACUCAAGUUUGCUUUUUGCCGCCCCGGUUACGCAACCGCCAGGAUGUCGUUUCCGCCGCUGUCACUGGCGGUUUACUUUCCACCAGAGCUGGGACCAAAGGCGGAGCCGGGCUCACGGCCCUUGGAGGCUGAGACUCCUGCAUUGGAGCAAAAACCACUCACUGCUUCUCACUGCCAUGCCAACCUUUGGAAGGGUUUCCAGGACUUCAACCCAGCAGCCAACUUCGUUCCAAAUGCUUACCCAUCAUCGACAUUUGCCACAAUGGUAAACCAGGAGACUUCUUCCGAAGCCUGGGACACCAACACCAACAUUUCCCACGAAGAAGAAGGAUACUGGGAAGAGGUAGGGCACGAGGACGAGGACGAGGGUGUGGAUGCGGAGAGCGGUGGCCAGGACUCCGAACAGGGUGUGUCGGGCAUGUCGCAGGGGUCGCAGCACGUCUGGCUGAGCAACGAGGAACGGCUGCGCGUCGCCUACAAGCGUGCCCGGACUAGUGCCGAGAAGGUCGACCUCGAUCGCUCGCCCUUCUUCCCCCGGACGGCGGCCGAGUAUGCAGGCCUCAAGGCUGGGAUACUCGAGGCUAGGGCUGCCCGACUGCGCGCCAAGGUGGCGGAGAAAGAGAUGGCGUUGCGGGCGCGAGAGACAGCCCAGUGGAAGAGAGUGGUCGUGGUUGGACGCUCUGGGGAGGCCGAGGAAAGAGUGAUCCCCGUUUACUACGGCGGCAGCCCGAAGGAGGGUAGAGCUGCUGCUCCGUCUAGGGCCAAACAUUCCCAGAUGGGUGCCGAUAUGGGGAGUGCUGUCCAGGGGGGAGCGGCCUCAAGCACUAACAUGGAGAGCCACUGGGGUGGAUUUGUUACAACCACUGUCAACGCAACUGAUCACUGGGCUCAGACCCUCCGUUUUGCAUUCCCGGCCACGCUUGACGGGGUCAGCCUUAAGGAAAGGCACCUCACUCCCUACGAACCCAUCCCGCUCCAGGCACCCUUUCCCUACACCAAUCAGAUUUGGCCCGACCCGCAAGUCAACGGCAACGUUGACCGCCUCACGGUCCCUGUACUGCAUCCUCAUCACGAGACGGGGCAUCAACGCACUCGUUCGGUUACCAUGUUGCGAGAGGUUGCCGCACAUGCUGCCAUCCGCCACGGCAACGUGCACGGAGAGACGCAAGGAAGGACCGAUGGCACGUACCACAAGCAGAGCUGGCUUGGGGAUGAUGAUUACGACUCCGACUCCUCUUUCACUCCGAGUGAGUACAGACCUCGGUAUGGUAUGGAAAAGGGGGAGGUAAGGGAGGAGGCUGCAUAUGAGGCAUCGCGCAGUCGCACUGUGGCCGUUGACUUCUUCACUUCGGAUGCCCCGACGAAUGAUCCGGCUACGAUAACAGAAGUUGGGAAUGGGGGUACGAACAGGGACGAGGGGGAUUUCGUGUUCGAAAGCAACGGGGACAAGGAAGCUGGGAGCGAGCGUACCGACUUCAAUGACGGUGCUGGCCUUACACGAAGUGACGACGAGCUCGACAAUUUGGGGUUUGAUUGGACGCUCACUGGUAAGAUGGAAGGCGAUGGCAGGGGCAAGGAAGAGGAACACGCGAAGGAUAACCAAAUCCGCCUCCACAGCGGGGACACGCACGCCAUGGAGGAGGAGGAAAGGGGCAAUGGGCCCGACACCGAGGAUGACAAGGUCCAUCGCCGGCAGGCAGCCGAAGAUAAAAGCCAACCCAACGCGCUAUCCCCCUAUGCCCGACCUUUCACGCCCUCCGCAGCGAGCACUUUUACACCCAGCGACUACGACCCGUGUAAGUUGAACCAGCACACACCAAGCUUCGACAACUCCACGACACCCCCGCCGCCGCCUGCCGCGCCGCAACUCGCAACCAGACCGCUCAGCCACCGCGACGGCCUCUCCCCUUUCUUCGCCCACGCGGCCAACCCCUUCACCCCGAGGCCGGGCCCGGGUCCGCCAGCAUGCGACUGCGACUGGCCCACCGUUGCCGAGCUAACCAGCGAAGGCGAGGGCCGCAUCAAGCGCUGGGACACGACGACGACCACCACCAUCAUCACCACCACGGCCACGACCACCCCACAAUCCACCUCCUCCAAACCCUCCCACCCCUCUGACACCAACCCCAACCCCAACCCAAACGCAACCUACCUCCCCACCAUCCCACUACCCCCUUUCACCACCACCACUAUCCCCUUCACCACCCCCUUCACAAUACCCCCCACCCCCAUCCCCCAACCCUUACCCCCCCCAAACCUCCGCCGCUACCUCCCCCUCCCCCGCCUGCGCAACAUCAUCGACCCACGCCUAAACCUCACCCCCUCCGAGGCAGAGGCGCUGGCGCGCGACAACGGCGGCACGGUGCCGUGGGAGGUGCGGGCGGUGGCCGGGGAGCGGCGGUGGGACCUGCAUGCCGAACGGCGUCUGUGGGAGAUGUUGCUGGUAGCGAAAUUGGAACAGGACCCGACGUUUCGGUAA